UCUAAACUGACAUCAUCGUCUCAACGCGCUGCGUCGUCACAUAAGCUUGUUUAGGCACUAGCUAGCAAGCCAUGCUUUCCGCCGCUAUCACGGUCCUUAAACGCACCCGUGUAGAACAUUGCGUGAGGUUCAUCCACUCUUCUACUUUGGUCGAAAUGCCGAUUAAGGUGGGCGACUCUCUUCCUGCAGUGGAAGUCCAUGAGGGUGAGCCAGGAAAGAAGGUGGAUAUGAACACACUCUUUAAGGGGAAGAAAGGCAUCCUCUUUGCAGUCCCGGGAGCUUUCACCCCUGGUUGCUCCAAGACUCACCUCCCAGGUUUUGUGCAGCAGUCAGCGGAAAUGAAGAGUAAAGGCAUACAGGAGGUGGCCUGUGUGUCCGUGAAUGAUGCUUUUGUCAUGGCUGCCUGGGGAAAAGAGCAUGGAGCAGAUGGCAAGAUUCGAAUGCUUGCUGAUCCUACUGGAGAAUUUACAAAGGCUGUGGACUUGCUCCUUGAAAGUGAUCAGAUCGUGCAGGUACUUGGAAACAAGCGAUCAAAGAGGUAUGCCAUGCUGGUGGAGGAUGGAGUCGUAAAGAAGAUUAAUGUGGAGCCUGAUGGCACAGGGCUGACUUGCAGCCUGGCACCCAGUUUUAUGUCUGAACUCUAAACCAGAUUGUUUAGAAUUUGGCUACCAUACUAAAAAUAUUGCACUACUAGCGCAUAUGUGCUUCAAUGCUUCUCCCUUAUCCCAAAGAGCACUGCAAAUGUUACAUGAAGACUAGUGUUAAAAGAAAAAAACAGCCAUGUCAUCAAUGCGCACAAACAUUGCAGAAUAUAUUGCUGUCUAUUCUUUAGCAAAAAUAAAUUUCUCAAGCAGUAAUGUCUAUUUUCCUUGAAUAUUAAACUCCACAAAUUGUGUGUAAUUGUCUGAUUUGAAAUCAAUAAAACAGUAACUUCAUUUGCCCAAACACGUGUUUGCAUGCACAUGAUGU